AUCAAAAAUAUUUAAAAACUGGGAUUAUAGUUCUGAAGUUGAACCGAGUCUCUCCCUUCUGCAGUGCUAUUAUUUUUCUCCAUAAUACCUGGCAUCUGUUAAUCUCUAUCUCUCUAUAUUGAUAAUUUGCCUUCUAGAUUUAUUGCAGAAGCAAAGGAGACAAUCUUUCCACCUUCAUGAGUAUAAGAAAGUUUUUGUAGUUUACUUUAGAUUGAAAGUUUUUGUAGCUUACAUUAGAUUAACUUAUGUGAGAUAUUCUGCUUAACUUUUUAUGAAGCUAUCUAUCCAGUGAAAUCUAACUUGGCAAUGUCAAGUCAAUUUGGAUUUACUACUUUGACAGGGUCAACUCAGUCAGAAUUGCUGAAGUUGCAGAAGGAGAAGUUAAGAGCAAUGGAUAUCAAAGACACACUAGAAAGGCUAGACAAGUCAUUACAAUUAGUAAACGGGAAUGUUUCUGUGGUUGCUGCCGAGCUUGCUAUUCAAUCCGUAGAGUUGCAGUUCCAUAAAACGAGAACGAGAAGAAAAUUGCAAUGAUGAUGAUGGUGCGGAGAAGAAGGGAAGAAGAGAUGUCACAAAACCUCUAUCCAUAUUUGGCACUUGAUUGGAAAUAGGAAGCAGCAUUCCAGUUACAAAUGAAAGCCAACAGCCCUUCUGGCUAUAAGAAUUUUAGGGGAUUGAAUAUUUGCACACACGACUUGGAUUGUCUCCUUUUUCAUUAUUUUUUUCGGUUUUUUGUUGUUCAGAUGGUUGCAUUGCUUGGGUAAAAUCUCUCUCUCUCUCCCCUGUUGUGAGUCUUGAAGUCUUACUUGGUUGUGGGCUUGUCAAGUGCAUUCGGCUCUUCAGACAAGGGCCUCCAGCUGUACAUUAGUA